AUGGGUUCGAAACGAAUUCAGUACAUGGAUCACUCAUUCCAAGAAACUGAAACAGUUUAUAAGGAUGGUGAAACUGGUGAAAGACGGAAGCUGACUAAAACUUGGUUCUUCAAGAAGAUGCCAAAUGGGGAGAAAGUACCCAGGGAAUGGUUGUGUUAUUCUCCAUCCAAGAAAUCCGUAUACUGUUUCUGCUGUCGGCUUUUCCCUGGGCUUUCAUCCCUGGAAACUGCUUUUGCAUCUAAAAGUGGAUUCAGCGACUGGAAGAAACUUUCCCCACGUGUACCCAACCAUGAAUUGAACCCUGCUCAUCAACAAUCUCUCGUUCUGUGGAAACAACUGGAGCUGCGUCACCGAACUGGGACGACAAUCGACAGAAUUGCCGAAGAAGAGAUUCAGAAAGAGAAAGAAAAAUGGCGUAAUAUUCUUACUCGAGUACUUGACAUCAUACGGUUUUUGUCGAAACAAAACUUGGCCUUCCGAGGCCACCGAGAAACCGAUACUCCUGAUGUAGCGACGAAUAAGGGAAAUUUUAUAGAACUGGUGAGAUUGCUGUCGAAGUACGAUCCAGUUCUCAGAGAACAUAUGCUGAAGAUUGAUUUGAAAGCGGAGCGCACAAGUUACAUGUCGCCGCAAAUACAAAACGAGUUAAUUGGUUUACUGGGGGAUCAUGUGAGGAGCCGUAUAUUACAGCGAGUGAAAAAUGCCAAGUAUUUUUCAAUAAUUUUUGACAGUACGCCAGACAUUUCUCGAUUGGAUCAGACUUCCCAAGUACUUCGCUACGUUGUUGUGGAAGGUGACCAUGUGAGCGUUGAGGAGUCUUUUAUUGAAUUUAUCGACACGAAAGACAAACAUGCUGCUGAUAUCGCUUCUAUGAUUCUGGAGAAGCUCAAAUCGGAUGGACUGGAUAUAAUGAACUGCAGGGGUCAAGGCUACGAUAAUGCAGCGGUUAUGAAAGGCCAACAUUCGGGGGUACAAAAAAGAAUCAGCGAUGUCAAUCCUAAAGCGCAAUUUAUUGCCUGUUCGAACCACAGCUUGAACUUGGCAGGAAUACAUGCCGCUCAAGCCGAAGUUAAUUCCGUCACGUUUUUCGGCACGCUGGAUCGUCUGCAUUCUUUUUUCUCUUUAUCAACUCAUCGCUGGGAUGUGCUUUCAACAACUACUGGGACCAGUUUGAAACGAUUAGUUGACACUCGUUGGAGUUCUCGUGGCGAGGCAGUCAAGAUGGUCAAAAACAACUUCGAGAAGAUAUUGGAGUCUUUGGAGAUUCUAACUGGAAUAAACGAGAAUGCAGAUACAAGGGCUACAGCUGGAGGUUUGUUGGUAUCUCUUCAAUCGUUCACUUUUCUGACAUACCUGGGGUUUUGGGAGCCAGUACUAGCGGAAGUGAACGACGCUCAGAACUACAUGCAGCAACGGGGUUUGAGUUUGCGUGACUGCGCGUCCAAAAUGAAAGCAUUGAGUGACUUUCUCGAUUCCGCCAGAGAAAACGUUGCAGAUACCUCUCUGAGCUUCGCUGAAUCAUUGUGUACUAAACUAGGAAUCACAACGGAACCUCAGCGUCGAAUUCGUCAGAAGAAAAAAAUGCCUGGAGAAGAGGCUUCUGAUUCUGGUUUGUCCUACAAAAACGAACUUCGAAGGGAAAUCUGCGCGUCAGUUGAUAGGAUCAAACAAGAAAUAGCAACUCGCUUCGAACAACUUCAGGAUGUAGCUCAGAAGUUCGAGUUUCUCUCUCCAGCAAUAUUACUUGACGAAGAUCUCAGCAUCGAUCUCUCCAACGCUCCUGACGAUAUUGACCGAACUGAAUUCGUGAUCGAGAGAAAGCGAUUACAGACUUUCGUAACGGCAUCAAAUGAGAAAGAGAGUUUGAAACAUCUUGGACCUCUUGAACUUCUGACAUUCAUUCAUCAGCAUCGAUUGUCCGACUCCGUUCCGAACAUCAAUAUCAUGCUUCGUAUAUUUUUAACCAUGGGAGUCAGUGUAGCUACGUGCGAGCGAAGUUUCUCGAAACUGAAACUUAUCAAGAAUUACCUUCGGUCUACCAUGUCAAAUUUGAGAUUGAAUAGUCUUGCUAUAAUGUCUAUUGAACAUGAGCUGGUCGAUAAAAUUAAUUUCGAUACUAUCAUUGACGACUUCGCUAGUCGUAAAGCUCGCAGAGUGCAAUUGUGA